AUCUGCAUGCUGGAAGCUACAGCAUAUAAAGCCCCACUUACGCUUCCUUUACGUCCGCCCUCACACGUAAUAGGCUGUCUGCUAGCUAGCUCCGCUCUCUUAGUGCGCUCGCCAAAUCCUUGUCGGCCGUCUUCAGACCACAUGCUCCGCCUAGCAAAUCACUACUGCAAGGCUCGCACCAUCCACGACCACUUUCAAACCCGUUCUGGGACGUAAUCGAAUAUCUCAGGGUCCACUGACGGCUGUCUUGCAAAUCCCAAAAUUCUGCCACCAAUCGUCCUGGUUCAGACUCGGAGCAGCUGACUUUCACGAUCGAAACGAAAGAAUAAGAGUUCCACAACCAAAAUGUCCGGCGCGGGGAAGACCUUCGUCGUCGAGCACCUCGACCCAGAGUUGGAGCAAUGGUCUUCGCUCGAGUACUCAGCCAUUGCACAAGAAUGCCAUGAUACUGGGUCUCAAUUCCUCCUCUCAUCAGUGCCAACCUCGCUCAAGUUGCCAGAGAACCUUCAACAAGCGAAGGGCUUGAACGUUGAGACACGAGGCAUUGAAGAGAUCUACGCAGACCGCAAAAACCGUGUGUGUCUGCUCGAUCCCGCUGCGGCCAAAGAUCUCAGCCCUGAGGAUGGCGACAACUUUGACAUAUUCCUCUUUGGCGGUAUUUUGGGCGAUGACCCACCCAGAGACAGGACCUCUGAGCUGCGUAAGAAGGGCUAUGAAGGCCGCCGCCUCGGACCUGUGCAGAUGACGACCGACACUGCUGUGCGCGUCACGAGAAUCUGCGUUCAGGACAGAGUCCCCGUCGAGAAGAUCCCAUACAUCGAUCACCCAGAGAUCAGGACAAAUGCGAACGAGAGCACAGAGAUGCCGUUCCGUUACGUUGUCGGCAAGGACGGAGAGCCAAUCAUGCCACCCGGCAUGGUCGACUUGAUUAAGAAGGAUUCGGAGAAGAGUCUCGACGAUUUGUUUUGAAAAUUUUCUCUCAAUUGUGGCGUUUAGUCUGAGCCCUUGAAACGAAGAUGAAGGUAUGCCGAAAGUCUAUCUACGCCACUGUGGCACACAGUUUUCGACAUUGUCCCAGAAAAUGCCGUUUCUAGAAAUGCACGCGGACGUCGUGCACAAAGAGAGCUGCCGUAUAUAUUACGUUGUGGUAUUGAGGCCCAAAUCGGUGGAGAAGGGACGGGCCGACUGAAGAUGUGCCGCUGUGAUGGUCGAUUCAUAUUCGCAGAGUAAAAUCGAACGCAAGUCACAAAAAGAAUCUAGUGACGCCCCGUAGGUUACUCAACCACAGAAGGGAGUGCACUCCCAUGAGACAUGCUGGAAGCAGUUGCCAAGGGCAUAGCCGUCGACGUUGUGAAGCGUGAUGCAAGCGACCGUUGAGCGGAGGCCCCGUGAAUUAAGCU